UAAACCAUUGCAUCAUGUGGACACUCCCUUCGAGAAGGCCACUUUUGGAAUGGGUUGCUACUGGGCUUGCGAUUCCCUGUUUGGAGCAACCAAAGGGGUUCUGCAAACCCGAGUCGGUUAUGCUGGCGGGACCACUGAGUCACCGAGGAGCAAGCACGUUGGGGAUCAUGUUGAGGUGAUUGAGAUUCACUUCGAUCCGAAGCAGAUAACCUACAAGGAGCUGUUGGAAUUGUUCUGGAAGAACCAUGAAUACCGAGAAUCGGCACGGCUCAAAAGGGAGUACAUGACCAUGAUCAUGUAUCAUACAGACGAGCAGCGACUGCUGGCGGAAGCUAGCAAAUCCGAACAGCAGGUUCAGGAAGGAGAAGAGUUGGUUGUCACGGAGAUCGUCCCAGAGAGUCACUUAUAUCCGGCGGAAAAUCAUAAUCAAAAAUAUCGACUGCAAGGACACGUGGAUCUAGCUAAGGGACUCGAUCUGACGCCGGAACUUCUGCAGACUUCUCAUUUGGCUGCCCGCCUGAAUGGCUAUCUGGUUGGAGUCGGAGGACUGCCUCAGUUUGAGGAAGAAGUUGGAAAACUUGGUUUGACCGAAGAACAAGCACAAUACGUACGAAAUUAUCUGAUUCAAAACGAAGGUGGCGGUCUUUCCUGUUAAUCUCACGGAAACAAUAAACGACCGACUGAUGAUUGAAAA